AUGGUUAAGGCAAGCACAGGAACUGUUCAAUUCAGAGAAUCCAACCUGCAGCUGGCUAUACACGUUUUGCCGUUUUGGGUUUCAGAAGAAAUAUAUACCAACUCUCAACCUUCUUUGCUUAUCCUCCAUGCAUUGGUUACUGUGUCAUCCGCAUCCCUUACAGUGGAUUUCUACAGAUUUUCUUGUCCACCAGUGGAAGCAAUCGUGAGAAAAUCAGUAAAUAUAGCUGUUUCUCGCAAUCCUGGCAUUGCUGCUGGCCUUAUUAGAAUGCAUUUCCAUGAUUGCUUUGUCAGGGGUUGUGACGCUUCUGUGCUGCUAGAAUCCACACCAGGAAACCCGUCAGAGAGAGUGCAUCCUGCUAACAAUCCUAGCUUGCGAGGAUUCGAGGUCAUCGAUGAAGCCAAGUCUCAAAUCGAAGCAAUAUGCCCAAAUACUGUGUCAUGUGCAGACAUUCUAGCUUUUGCUGCUCGUGAUAGCUCCCACAAACUGGGAGGGAUUAGUUACGCCGUACCAGCUGGACGCCGCGAUGGAAUUGUCUCUAACUUGAGCGAAGUUAUGCAGAAUUUGCCUUCUCCAUUCUUCAGUUCAGAGCAGAUCGCUCAAAAUUUUGCCAGAAAAGGGAUGUCUCUUGAUGAGAUGGUGACGCUCUCAGGGGCCCAUUCUAUUGGUGUCUCACACUGCUCAUCAUUUUCUAAGCGACUCUACUCUUUCAAUAACACUCAUGCACAGGAUCCAUCAAUGGACCCCGAGUACGCAGCCUUUUUGAAGACCAAGUGCCCACGGCCAAGUGACGGGGCCAAUGAUCCAACGGUACCACUCGACGGAACGCCCAGUCGUUUAGACAACAGAUACUACAUGGAGUUGAUGAACCGCCGUGGAUUACUGAGUUCAGACCAGGCAUUAAUGCGCAGCGCUGUGACACAGAAGAUGGUGAUAGAGAAUGCAAUGGAUGGUGCAACAUGGGGUGCCAAGUUUGCUAAGGCAAUGGUGCAUAUGGGCUCCCUUGAUGUUCUCACCGGAAAGCAAGGUGAAAUCAGGAGGCAUUGCAGCGUUGUGAAUUAA